UCUCUUCGCGUGGAAAAAUUUUGUCGACAACCGAAAAAUUUUGAUCGUUAUUCAGUUGUAAUUUAUAAGAGAGAACAAAUUUGUUAGAAAAUGUCGACAGUAGCAAGUCCUUUAGCUGUUGGAGGUGUGCGACAGUCUGGAGCUCCUGUACGAACACGGAAUGUUAUGGCUGCUUGUGCGAUUGCCAAUAUAGUAAAGAGUUCAUUGGGUCCUGUUGGCUUGGACAAAAUGCUGGUAGAUGAUAUCGGUGAUGUAACUGUUACCAAUGAUGGAGCAACUAUUUUACGUUUGCUUGAAGUUGAACAUCCAGCAGCCAGAGUCUUAGUUGAAUUAGCUCAACUACAGGAUGAUGAAGUUGGAGAUGGCACUACAUCAGUUGUAAUUAUUGCGGCUGAAUUACUGAAAAAUGCAGAUGAACUUGUGAAACAAAAGAUUCACCCAACAUCUGUAAUUAGUGGUUACAGGCUAGCUUGCAAAGAAGCCUGUAAAUAUAUUCAGGAACACUUAACAGUUAGCGUUGAUGAGCUUGGACGAGAUUGUUUAGUUAACGUGGCAAAAACUUCUAUGUCUAGUAAAAUUAUUGGAGCUGAUACCGAUUUCUUUGGAAAUAUGGUUGUGAAUGCUGCUAAUGCGAUAAAGGUCAAUGAUGGAAAAGGAGGAUUUUUAUAUCCCGUGAAAGCAGUAAAUGUUUUAAAAGCUCAUGGAAAGAGUGUCAGAGAAUCUGUAUUAGUGCAUGGCUAUGCACUAAAUUGUACCGUAGCCUCUCAAGCAAUGUCUAAAAGAAUAGUAAAUGCUAAAAUUGCGUGUCUAGACUUUUCCUUGCAGAAAACAAAAAUGAAAUUGGGCGUUGAAGUGCUGAUUACAGAUCCAGAAAAACUUGAAGCAGUACGUCAGCGUGAAGCAGAUAUUACGAAAGAACGUAUUCAGAAAAUUCUUGCAGCAGGCACAAACGUUGUUCUUGUUUCUGGAGGAAUUGAUGAUCUUUGUUUAAAGUAUUUCAUAGAAGCUAAAGCAAUGGCAGUUCGUAGAUGCAAAAAGGCGGAUCUGAAGAGAAUUGCAAAAGCUACAGGAGCACAAUUUCUGACUUCUCUGACUAACAUGGAGGGUGACGAAAGUUUUGAUUCUAGUUUUCUUGGAGAGGCUGCUGAAGUAGUACAAGAAACGAUAUGUGACGAUGAACUUAUUCUUAUCAAGAAACCAAAAGCAAGAACAGCCAGUUCUCUUAUUUUGCGCGGACCAAACGAUCACUAUUGCGAUGAAAUGGAACGAUCCGUGCAUGACGCACUGUGUGCAGUUAAACGAGUUUUAGAAAGCAAAAGUGUCGUGGCCGGCGGAGGUUGUGUCGAGGCAGCACUUUCAAUAUAUUUAGAAAAUUUCGCUACAUCACUGAGCUCCCGAGAACAAUUGGCUAUUGCUGAAUUUGCAAGAUCGUUGUUAGUUAUACCUAAAACAUUAGCUGUUAAUGCGGCGCAAGAUGCUACCGAUCUUGUGGCCAAAUUGCGAGCUUACCAUAAUUCCAGUCAAACAAAAGCAGAUGUUGCGGAUUUAAAAUGGGUUGGUCUAGAUUUAUUUGAAGGUACUAUUAAAGAUAAUAAGAAAGCUGGUGUAUUAGAACCAGCUAUUUCGAAAAUAAAAUCUUUAAAAUUUGCUACGGAAGCAGCAAUAACUAUUCUUAGAAUCGAUGAUAUGAUAAAACUGGAUCCAGAUCGUUCAAAAGAUAAAUCUUAUCAUGAUGCAAUGGAAGCUGGUGAACUGGAAGGAUAAAAUUAAAUUGCAUUUAUAUAAUCAUCUAUCUUUUCAUAUGGUUCGUUAUGGAGCAAAGAUUUAAAUUAUUCUUAAUUAUGAACAUUGUUUCAUACUUUAGCGAUAAAAGAAAUAUUACACUUUAAAUAAUUCACUCAUUAAUGUUAGUAUAUUACAUUUGUAUUACAUUUUUUAUGCUUCGUCUUAAAAAUGAAUUGGCUAAUAACAAGUGAAAUAAAGCUUUUACAAAU